UGUUAGAGAGCCGAGCGACUGUGAAGACGUACGUGUGUGCUCAUACAGUGCUCUCAAGAAUUUAUUUUUGGAAAAUUCUAGAACAAUCAACAAAUAAAACAAUACUUAAUUACUUAGAAGAGUUACAAAAAUCAUAUAAAUUUAUGUGCGCGUGUGUGUGUGCACAUCUACAAUAAAAAGAGAAAAGUGUACAAAUACAAAGCGAAAAAGUAACGGAAAGUUCGUAAACGACAUUCUUUGCUCUCUCUCUCAAUUUGUCGCUCUUUUGUGGUCGCGGCCCAGCGCAGCAGCAAACAACAGUACAGCAUAGCAGCGAGCGCGCAAGCGAGAAGGCGAACCAACGUCGUUGUCGCUCGCUCGCUCACUCACUGAGAGAGCUAGCCGAGAAAACAAACGAAACAGACACACACAGACAGCCAAGCAGAACAGCCAAAGCAGCAGUAGAGCGUCGAGCUUUUGAGUGCAGACCGCGCUCGCAACCACAAUCGAAAGAGUAGCAAAGCGCACACAUACAACAAAAUCGAGACGCGACCUACUCUAAAAAAAAAAAAAAUACGAAAAAGGCUCCUUGGUCGAGAUUUCCAAUAUAAAAAACCUAAUUAAGGACUAUUAAGAGACUGUAAUAAAGGAACAACAACAACAACAAAAAAACAAGCUAAAUUUAUAACAAAGGAGAAAGAACGGAAGACUAGAAAUAAUAAUAAUAAUUAAUAUAAAAACAAACAAACCAACAACAACAACAAAACACAAAUCAAAAACCUUAUUUAAAUACAAAACAUAUAAAGAGCAAAGUAUUUGGUUUUGGUCAUCACAACAAAAAUCACUUUAAGCCUUAUAAAAAAGAAAAACAAACAAACAAAAAUAUUAGCAUAAGAAAUUGCAAGCGUUCAGCAAAGGAGCAACAAAAUAACAAAAAACCACAUCAAGAAGGCAAUGCUGUUGUUGUAAGUGAGAAACCAAAUCACACACAAUCGCUCGCAAGUGAACUAAAUCAAAGAAGAAGAAAAAAAGGAAUACGAAGAAACUAUUGCUAACUCUGUCCACGUCAAGAACACCACAAUCAAAGCAGGAAGUUGCUAGGCGGCAAAGCAGGAAGGAAGACAGAAAAGAAAAUCAGCAGGGCAGCACUGUCGGAAUCAGCUGUGCGUGUAGUGUGUGUGUGUGUGUGUAGAGUGUUAUUGUGUUGUGCUCUUUUAGCGCACACAAACGCUGCAGUAGUCGCUGCGCCAGCGUCGACGCCGGCAGCCAUGAGCAACAGUGACGCAAACGCAUAAACUGCAAGCAGAGAGCAUUAAGAAAAAGGCAAGCGAAAAAAGGAAGGAAAGAUAAAAAGAAAACAACAAGCAGAAUCGAAAGGAGCAAGUAGAAGGCGAGACAACGAAGAAGAAGAAGAAGACAGGCGAGUGAGAGAGAGCAACCUGAUGCAAAACGAUAUGGUCAGCAUCCCAUCGGCCAAUAUGAAUGGCGGUCUCAAGGCAGCCAACAACAGCAGCGGCAACGUUGUCGGCGUCGGCGUCGCCGGCACAGUAUUGACUAACGCACAACGUGUUUAUCUGACGCCCGCCUCCAGUUAUCACCUCGCAGCGGCCGCACGCCAAACAGCAGCUGGCGUCGGCGUCGCUGCUGCGGCUGGCAGUAAAGUAGGAAAUACGGCCGCAACGGGAAUUGCAGGCAAUGCGGUGGCAGCAAAUCCAAAUGCGUUGGCGGCAGCAGCAUCGACAAGCGGCGCUGCUGGAACCGUGCGUUAUUUUUCGCAAUUUAGCAAACUGCAGCCGGUGCAGCCAGUGUUGAAUGCCAGUGUUGUGCAACGCAAGCUUAUCAAUCCUGAGGCAAUGGUGUUGGUAAAUGGCAACAAACCGUUGAUAUUUGCUACUACACCAGCAGCAGCAGCAGCAGCCAACAACAACAACAAUAAUAGCAAUAAUAACAACAUCAACAAUGGCAAGUUGCUCACUGCAGCAGCAGCAACAACAACAACGACAUCAGCGGCGGCAACAACAACAGUUCCUAAUGGCAGCAGGCUGGUGCUCAAUAAGCAGCAACAACUAUUGCUGCUGCAGCAGCAACAACAACAGCAGCAGCAACAACAAUUGCAACUGCAACACCAACAACGACAGCAACAACUGCGACUGCAACUGCAGGAAGAGCAACAGCAAGCUUCUGUGAUGGAACAACAGCAGGUGGAGGAUCUGAUCGAGGAGGAGGAGGAGGAGGACGUGGAAGAAGUGGUGGAGGAGCAGGAACCGGAGCAGCAACAGCCAUUGUCAUUGGUAGUCGGCGGAGCGGCUGGCAGCAAAUCGGUGGCGGAUUCGGAUGCUGAACCCGAGCUGGACAUUGUGAUCAAUAACGUUGUCUGCUCGUUCAGUGUGCGCUGUCACCUCAAGUUGCGCGAGAUCGCGUUGAAUGGCUCCAAUGUGGAGUACAGACGCGAGAAUGGCAUGGUCACCAUGAAGCUGCGUCGUCCCUACACAACAGCCUCAAUUUGGUCGUCGGGCAGGAUUACGUGCACAGGCGCCACAUCUGAGUCGCAGGCCAAGAUUGCGGCUCGUCGCUAUGCUCGCUGCCUGGGCAAACUGGGUUUUCCGACGCACUUCCAGAACUUUCGGAUCGUGAAUGUGCUGGGCACCUGCAGCAUGCCCUGGGCAAUUAAAAUAGUCAAUUUCUCGGAGCGUCAUCGUGACAAUGCCAGCUAUGAGCCCGAGCUGCAUCCCGGCGUCACCUACAAGAUGCGCGAGCCCAAGGCCACGCUCAAAAUCUUCUCCACGGGCAGCAUAACGGUAACAGCCGCCAGCGUGAAUGACGUGGAAUCCGCCAUACAGCACAUUUAUCCGCUGGUGCACGAGUUCCGCAAGCAGCGUUCGCCGGAGGAACUGCAACAUCUGCGGCAGAAGCAGCGUGCCCAGAGCGGUGAGCAGGGCAACAACGAGCUGGAUGACGCCGAUGAUACAGCCAACAACGAUACAACCAAAGAGGAUUUGUUUGCGAACACAACCGCCGCCCACAACAAUCAUAAUAAUCAGAACAACAAUGCACCAAAUGCCACCCGCCCGAUGCCAAUGAAUGCCUCGAUGCGUCGCUUGGAUCAGUACAAGCAGCAGUAUCAACCCAACAACAGCGAACAGACUGCGACUAAAAUAGGCGCCGCCAGUAGCACAACCAGCAACAACAACAACACCACCACCAGCAGCAGCAGCAGCAGUGGCGACAACAUUUGUGCAAAUGCGCGUCGUCGCGCUACCGAAUGUUGGGCCACCAAAUUGCAAAAUAAACGUCCGCGCUACAAUGAUCCUGGUGCGGCGGCGACAACCUCAAAAACACUCACCAGCAGCAACAGCACCAUAACCAUUGCCAACAACAGCAACAUCAACAACAGCAACCACUCCAGCACAACAACCACAGCGACAACAGCAACAACAGCGCAUGUUAUUGGUGGCAAUGGCAGUUUCAUUGCCGUCAAUAAGUUGCGCCCAAAGCAACAGCAGCAACAGUUGCCUGUUGGCGUUGUGCUAAAGCAGCCAAAUAAUUUGCGUGCUCGCAUCGCAACAACAACAACAGCAGCAGCAACAACAUUGGCGACAACAACUGUUGCGAAACGUGACUCGUAUUCACCUACGGAUUUCCAGGUGGAUGAUUUGAUUGAGGAGGAUGACGAUGAGGAUCUGGAUAUGCAUUUUUGAGUGCAACAGCAACCGAAGCUGGCGCCCAACGUGCGAGCCUAGACACCAGUCACCACAACAACAAAACACAAACGAAAGUUGCCUAAGCCAAAAUGUUAUGAGAGAAGCAAAGAAACAAAAAAAAACAAACAAAAAAAACAACAAUUCAAAGCAACAAACAAACAAAAACAAACUGUGCUAUUUCAAAACUGUGCUCUUCUAACGCAUUUAACAUAAGCUUAACAUUACGUAAACAGAGUGCACACAAACACAAAACACACCAAUACACUCACACACACACACACACACACACAUAGAAGGCAGGCAGCGACAGGAAUUCAAAAUCCAAAUCAAAUAUUUUCUAUACGAUUAACAUGAAAGUAAAACAAACAAGAGCCAAAUAUUUAUCCAUAAGAUUUAUUGUUAAACAAACAAAACAAAACAAGUACUGGAAAUGCAACAACAAAACAAGUUGAUCAUCAAAUGGUAAAAUGUUACCGUAAACACAAACAAACAAACAAAAACACACACAUAUAGACUAACAGCAACAAAUAUCAGCAAUUUGUGAGAGCUUUACGUAUACAGUAAAAAAGGAAAAAAAAAAGGGAAAACAAAUAUCAUGUAAAUAUACGUACUGAAACACUCAACAACAGCAACAAAACACAUACGAAGCAGACAACUGAAAUGUAUAGAAACUCUUAUACACACAUACACACACUCACACAUACACACAUAUUUGCUUUCACUUUGAGUUUCUUCGAUAUCAUAAUGAUGUAACUGCGUAUGUGUAAGCAAACCACCGCCUAAGAAAUACUGUUACUACUCUACAAUUAUCGCUUAACUAAAACAGAAAAAAACACACACAAAAACAAAACUAUAGUUCUUAUUUUUCACACUUCAUUGAUACGUUUGCUGUUAAGUCGCUGUUAUGGUUAACAUACGUAGGAAAAACGAUAGAAAAUGUUAAUGCGCCGCCGACAGCAAAAAUGGCGGCUGUUGUUGCUCUCCUGAUGACGUCACAACAACCUCGCUCAGCAGCCGCCAUUUUGUGUGGGCGCAGAACGAAUCCCAACAACAAUAAAAACAACAACCAACCAACCAACGUACAAUAAGAAUUAUUAUUUUUUUUUGUUUUAAUUAUUAUUUUAUUACGACUUUCAUUAUUAUUAUAUUAUUUUUUUUGCAUAAUGACAGCAGUUUAAUUUAAAGAAAAAGUAUAUAUACAAUUAUAUUUAACGAUAAACAAGUGUUCUAGACAACCGUCGUCGUUUUCUAACCUUAAUGUAGUGCAUUAUACGAUUAUUAUUAUGAUUACGAACAUAAGCGAUAUAUUAUUAUUAUUAUUAUUAUGGAUAAUUCAAUCCACAUUUUUUUUGUCGUUCAAAACCUAUUUUAAUAAGAGCUUCUUUAAACAUUCAGAGUUAAGGAUAUAUAUAAUCAAUAUAUAUAUACAUAAAUAUACUACACUUAUAUCUGGUCACUUGUAAACCAAUAACAACAAAACGAAAACAAAUUGUAUUUAAUUGAUAUAUGAACUCUUAUACUUUAUACAUUGCAUAUGGAAAAGGCAGACAUAUAAACACACACAUACAUACAUACAUAUAUAUAGAUAUAUAUAUUUAUAUAUAUAAUAAUAUAUAUACACUACUAUAUAAUCAUUUGCCUGAGAAAACGAAAUUUGAAUUACAUAAAUUUUAUUUAAUUUUUUUUUUUUUGCAAUUAUAUAUCAACAUUAUUAUUAUUAGAGAUAUUAAGUAUAGAAACUUGUUCCUGUGUUGUUAAAAUCGCAAAACGAAAAGAAAAAAAGGCGUAGCAGAAGAAGAGAAGGUUUACUUUAAACAUUAUAUUAAAAGAAAAAAAAACUACACAACCACAACAAAAUCAUAAGCAAUACAAAAUGAAAGAAAACUUAAAUUGUAACAUGGCAUAAAACGAAACAAAAACAAAUCAGCCAAAAGUCUCUAAAUAAAUGUAUAUAGCUAAGUUAAUUAAUAACCAACAAAAAGAAAAAAAAAACAAAAACAAACUAAACCACUUGGCGACAGCUGCAAAAACAAAGAAAAGAAACGAAAUGAAACGAAACGUUAUGGAAAUGGAACACAGUUUGCUGUUAAAUGAACCUUCUUCUGGAACGCCAACAAUACUCACGCACACACGAAAGCCAAGCCAAGCCAAGACAAAGCGAGACAGCGAGCGAGAGCCCGAUAUCAGUAGCGGGAGAGUGAGAGUGAGAAAGGGUGCAGAAGAGAGCGAGCAAAAAAGAGCGUGCAAAGCUCUUCACACGUAGUCGCCAUUUGCAUUUGUGUAACUUUUUGUUUGUCGGUUUUUUGUUUUUGCCUCUUCCUGGCCACAAAAUCCAAAUAGUAAACAAAAGAAUUAAUAAUCAAAUAGCAAAUUGUACAAUCAUACAUGCAUAUACACACACACAUAUUUUAUCUAAUCUAUAUAAUCUCUUCUAUAAACAUCGAACUGCGUCUCCCUCCAGCCCCAAGCCAAAAACAAAAGAAAAAAAACUAACAAAAAAAGAAAGGAUAAAAAACUAUUACGUCACACAUCGCUUCCAUGCCAUACAAUUUGAAUGUUGUUAAAAUACAAUUAGUGCAUAUUAACUUUCCAACACACACAAACACACAUACAUCCAUACAUUCGUGUCAAUUUGUCAUGCUUUAGCUCGGAUAGAAGAGUUGUUGCGUGUGUGUGUGUUAGCAGCAAUAGCAAUAUGAUAGAGAACAGCAGCAAUAACGUGUUUACAUUCGUAUAAGUGUUGUGAAACAGGCGACAAUUGCAAUUAUGUUAACACUCUGUUACCUGCAGCAGGAUCUAGAAAUUCGCUUUUAUAUUUCAAUGUUUCGUUCUUUUUUUUUUUGUCGAAAAGUCUUUUGCAAUUCCUUCAUAUCGUUCAAUUAUGCAUAAUCAAGCAAAAAAGAAAUCACAUAUAAAUUAUAUCGGAUAUUAAACGAGAAUUUUUGAAUACACACACAUAUUAAUUUUCGAUUUUCGUUAGUUGAAAAAUAAAUACUUUAAUCAUGUACAUACAUACAAACAAACAAACAAACAUAUGCAUACAUACAUAUAAUAUUUAAAACAAAUACAAAUAAUGAAUAAAGAAAAAAAAAACAAAAACAAAACAAAUUGCCUUUAGGGAACAAAUGAAAAGAAGAGUGUUGAAAAAGAGGAAAGAAAAAAGCGAAGCAGCAUCAAAAACCAAAUUGUAUUUUUGUUGUGUGAGCGAAAUAGAGAGAGAGAGAGAGAUCGAGAAAGCGUGUGAACAGGCGUAUAAGAUAAUAGCGAUAUAAGAGUAAGAGUAUAACAGUUGAAUUAUAAGCUUAAGCUUAAGCCUAACUAAUAACUAACAACAAAAACAACAAAAUUGAAUACUAAACGUAAGCCAAAACACGCAAUUGAUAAACAACUAUGACAACAACAAAACUACAACAAAUAGUUUAUAGUAAACAAUGUAAAAAAAAAAUACAAAAAAAAAACACAAACAAAAACAAAUACAAAAGCAAAACGCAAAAGAAACAAAAAAUAAAUAAGUUGAGAAUCUUCUUAAAAGUGAAAUUCACUUCUGCCUUCAAAAUUGAAUUAAAAAAUUACAAUUACAAUUAAAUCGAAAAUUUUAAAAAUGAGAGCGACAAAUGAUAUACAAGCUAAAAAUAUAUUAAUAUUACUAUUUAAAGUCAAGUAAAAAUGCUUAAAAACAAUUAAUUGGAACAUUUUUUGAGUUCAGUUUCUCGACAGCGCAACAACUGCAACAACAACAAAUAGUAGAAGAAGUAUAAGAGAAAAGAAAGAAGAAGCAAAAGGCCUAAAUAAGUGUAUUUGGUUUCAUAUAAACUUUAAAAGCAAAACCUAAAUAUUUAUAUAGUAUACACCAAUAUAUAUUUUUUAUUAUUAUGUAUUUAACAAAACACACACACACACACAGACACAUCUACUACACCAACACACACACAUACACACAUACAGACACACACACACACACAAGUGAAAAUCAAAUAGCAUAAUUAUGUUUUUGUUUUGCCGUAAAGACUGCAUUAUACCAACAAUUAAUUAUAUAUACUUAUAUAUAUAUACAAAAAUAUAUAUAAAUAUAAUAUACUAAAAUAAAAUAAAUAAUAAUUCAAGCUUAUAAGAGAAAGCGAGAGAGAAAAAUCUGUAAACACAAAAAAAGAAAAGAAUAAAAACAAACACACAAAAAAAAAAUUACUAAAAUUAGGCGUUACUUUAAAGAAACAAAACGAUUAACUAAAAAUGGAAAGAAGAAGAGCAUUAAAACCAUAAUAAAAUUAUAUAAAAAGAAAAAAACAAAAACAAAACAAUUUAUUUAUUAGCACCUAAGAGAGAAACGCAAAUACCAACAUGUUUUAAAUAACGAAAUUAAUUGAAAUACAAAAACAAAAAGAAAAAGUCAAACUCAAAUCGAUGGAUGCGAAAAAAUGAAAGAAGAA